AUGUCUGGGCUCAUCAACAAGGCCAAGGAGAUGCUCUCCGGAGGAGACAAGUCUCACGACGACAACACUUCUUCUAGCUAUGACUCUACCAGCCGUAACACCACCGGCCACAACACUUCUGGACCACACGGCUCGGACAUGGCGAACAGGGCUGACCCCCGUGUCGACUCUGAUCGCGAUGGACGUCGAGGCGUGGAAAGCUCGGGCUAUGGUAGCUCCAACACCGGCACUGGCUAUGGUAGCUCCAACACCGGCACUGGCUAUGGUAGCUCCAAUACCGGCACUGGCUACGGUUCUUCAACUGCCAGUGGCCCGCAUGACUCCAGCAUGAUGAACAAGAUGGAUCCCCGUGUCGACUCUGACCGUGAUGGCUCCCGUGGUAUGGGAAGUGGCAUGGGAAGCGGCGGCUACGGCAGCUCCACCACCGGCAGCGGCCUCGGCAGCUCAACGGGUGGCACUGGCUAUGGCAGCUCAACUACCUCCGGACCUCACGGCUCUGAUAUGAUGAACAGGAUGGACCCUCGCGUCGAUUCUGACCGUGAUGGCUCUCGCAACAUGGGAGCCACUGGCACUGGCAUGGGUAGCGGUUAUGGCAGCUCCACCACCGGCUCUGGUCUUGGCAGCUCUACCACCGGUACCGGCCUCGGCAGCUCAACGGGCGGCAUUGGUCAUACACAAGAACAUGGACACGAGCACUUCCACGGCACGCCGGGUCACGGCGAGUUUCCAGGUGGCCACACCACCUUGACCGGCGCCGUCCUCGAUCCUCACACCAACACUUCUGAGUUGACUGGCGCGACAUCUGGCUUGGGUUCUGGUACGACAUCUGGAAUGGGUUCCGGUACGACAUCUGGAAUGGGUUCCGGUACGACAUCUGGAAUGGGUUCCGGUACGACAUCUGGAAUGGGUUCUGGUAUGACAUCUGGAAUGGGUUCCGGCACUACCUCAGGACCACACAACAGCUCAAUGAUGAACAAGAUGGACCCGCGCGUCGACUCCGACCGUGAUGGUCGCCGAGGCUUGUAG